AAAGCAGGAGCAGUCCUGUGCUCAAGAGUGUUACAAUGACGAGACGUUUGGGAGGCAGCACUGAUUGCUUGUUGACCAGAAGGCAGCUGGAAUGAGCAGUUGCUGGGUUUGUUUCUGAUCUAAUUCACAAUGAUGUAAAACAGCAGUGAUUUCACAGAAGAGGAAACAGAUUUAGCUGGUGAGAAAGCAGAACUACGCUCAUUGCUGCUCCAGUAGCACUCAUUUACAGGUUCCUGACACUGAAAAUGAAUCCCCUGAUAAAGAGACCUUCAGAAUAUCCCAAGCAGAGAACAAGAAGUUUUAAGUAGAGAAAGAGCCAAAAAGGAGUUUUUCUAGCCCUUUUGGCAGCCAGAUACUUCUAUUUGGAUAAGGCACAGACUUUAUAAAAAAAUUAAAAUAGGUAUUUAAGGAUGAUAUCCCUGUCGUUAUUAGUGAUGUUAACUUUGGUCUAUGAAUUCAGAAGCAAAAUGCACUGUAACUAUAAUGGUUUAGCUUUGGGGGCUUGAAUUCUCUUUAUGUGCCUGCAGCUGAUUUGGCUUUACCCAAGGUUCAGUCCUCUGCUUGUCCAUCUCUCAUCUUUCCCGUGUAAACUUGCACAAGGUACUGUAUGUCCCAGUUAGUGUUUUUGAGAUUUUUGAGGAAGCGACAACAUUUUCCUGCUGAUAUUAAAGUACUUGAUUGAAGACCCAGCAUGAACGUUGCUCAAAUUCUCUAUGCCUUGCUCCUGUAAGACCUGAACUCACUGGGGAUACUCAUUGACAGAGAAGGAAAAUCCGACCUGUAUUCAAAAUGCUUUCUAAAUGCGAUACCCCCUCUGCUCAAGAGCUGAACUCAGGCCUGCUCAGUUCUUCUGAACACACGCAUCAAUAUGCACACAAUUAAGCACAAGAGACCAGUCAUGUGAUAAAUUCUCAUCGAUUCUCUUCUGAAGCUCUGGAAGAACAGAAAAGGCUUCUAAGGUAGAAAGCUCUUCAGUGGGGAAAAAAAAAGGUAAUCUCCAUCAUUGUAAGGCCUUGAGUUGGCAGGACAUCCCCAGCGGUUUGUGCUUUUAAUAAGUUCCUGCAAGAGUCCUAAAGAUGGUAGCUGAGAUAGCAGUACUGCUAAGCACAGCAGAAGGGGAGAUAAGAAAGUUAAGCUCUCUGUAUUCAGAGGUAAAUUUGAAAUAGUCAAGUCCAUUGAUGGCCUGCUGAGAACUGGAGCUGAGACAGACCUCCGCAUGUUGUAAGGCACAUUUAGUGCCAUGAGCAAGAAAUGAUCCUGUGGGGGAAAAACAGGAUCAUACAAGAAUCAGAGAGUCCUGGAAGACAAAUUAAGAUUGCAAGAAAACGUUUGGUUUUGGUAUCUUUUCCUAUAUUUGUACGUUUGGCUUUGCAGUAAGCAGACAUAAAAACUCAAUACAGAUUUGGAUUUUUCAGGACACGUAAGAUGUAAAGACCUCUUAGAUUCUGUUUGGUCUCAUUUGUAAUAAUAAGUAAUUUAGAUACAAGUCUAUAAAAAUAUACUUUAGAGCUGUAUUCCUAGCUAUUAAGCAGGAUGUUGCUAUGCUCACAAUGUUAGUUCAUUAUACAAUACAUGCUUAAACUUGUCUUUUAAUUAUAGCUUACAAGAUUAUAUCCAGGAAGUUUACUAAACCAGGAAGUACUGGUCCCAGAAAGACACAAAUGCCAAAACAAGUAAGAGUUUCCUCAGUGACGCAGGUACCUACUGUUGUAAAUGUAGGUGUUUUUCCAUGGAAAUAUUCUCAUUUUGCCACUGUUCCUCUUGUGUAAGAGGCGAAAAAGCCCCUGAUGCACUUAGACUACAGUUGGCCAAUGAAAGAAUGAUAUUGCUAAAGAAAGCUCAUGAAUGAUGAUUAAAUAGAGAAACUCACCUUAAACUGCUGCUUUACUAGGAUGUAUCUCUUGGAAUGAAGCCACAUUGGAAAGAACUUUGAAAGUUUUGAUGUUAUACCUCUGAAAAAGAAUAGUGUUUGUAUAUGAAUUUUUUUGAUAUCUCAAAAGCAAGUCCUACAGAUUUCCUGAAAUUGUCCAUACCGACAGAGUACAGAAAAGAGUGGACUCCUGAGAAAUGCUCAUGAUAAGCAGAAGGUUCCUGUGAUCCAGAUGGACUAUUCCAUCCUUGGAUAGGCUAGGAUCACAGACUUGUUAAAGACAUCAAGACCGUCUUGUGAGCGCAUUUGGCUAUUCCUGCAGGCAAGAGUCCCCACAGGUUGUUUCCCCAGAUGAUGAGAGACCGGACAUGCCUCUCUGAGUGUCGCUGAGCUCUCCAACUUGGCCUGUCAAAGCAGAUAUUGCGGCUGUGACGCCUGCUGAGAAAAGUAAUCCAAUAUCUUGGUCAUAAAGGUGAAGUGAAUGGUGCUGACUUUCCUUCUUGGACUUUCCUGAGGAAACAAACUUAUCAACAGAGGUGAUGGUGACCAGACCUGGACUAACAAAGCUCUACUAAGGUACAACAUGUUGCCUUAAGCUAUGUCAGAGCCCAGCCCACUUUUUUAUCUGACCUUAACCUCAAGUCCCUGUACAGAAGCGGUGGCACAGAGCUCUAUGAUUCCCAGGCUGCCAUCAACAGCAGGAUUAUUGAUCAGCCUCAAAUGUCCAGGCCCCAGAGUAGAAACCCUUCAAUGGGGAGGAAACUCAUUUUGAGCAAUUCCUCUCUAAGAAGUACAGCUUAACAGCACUGUGUGCUUCUCUUGUGUGUGGCACAAGCCUUUCUGUGCCCCCAAGGUUCCUUCCAGUCUUCUCCUGUUCCACAUCUCCCAGCCUUUCUGCACCUGCAUCUCUCCUUUGAGUUCCUUCCUUCCCAGCAGGAACUGGGAGGUUUGCACCCACUUUUUCCUGAUUCUUGUCAGUAUAAGAGAUGUCCUAGUUACCAGGUUUUAUCUGAAUACCAGGCAUCCUACAUCUGCAGGAAAAAGAGCGCUGCGUGGUUAUUUCCCCUGUCUCCGUUAAGUGCAUUGUGCCCUUCAUAUUCAAACAGAGCACUUGAUCUUUCUUAGACAAUUUAUCUCUCUCAUUCUUUUCUCUUAUAUUCUCCCACAGCAAGAUCCCAAAAGUUAUCUAAUAAACAUGGAUGUUAUGACAUCCUCCCACAAUAACUAUAAAUAUCACACAGGAAACAUCACCUAAUAAACGAUAUAAUUACUGCAAAGAUGAAAACCAGCACUCCUGAAAACACACAAGCAAAACCUGCUGUCUUCUGAAAACAUCCUGGAGACAGCGGCUGCAGCUUGCGUGGCUGCUCCAGGCAGUCCCGCAUCCCUUCCCAUCCGUGCACUGUGCUGCAGGACUCCUCCUCAGCCUUUUCAGGCAAUUUUGCAGCCCUGCAGAUCUGAACAACACGUUCACCUCGGACUGUUGGAAGACCAGCCUUGCAUAUCUGAUGUGAUCACAGAUGGCCCCAGCCCUGCCCUCUGGGUAUGAAAUACAGACAGCAGUCAGCAGGACUUAACAGUUGCAGAAGAUGGGGUUAUGAGAUCCACCUGGCAGGGGAAGUCCGGUCGCAGCCCACUCCAGGCCCUAUAUGAGAGUGACCAGUUUGAGCAAUCGUCACUGCAGGUCAUUCACCAGCAGAGACGGGAGCUGUUGAGCAACAUUUGCAACCGUUACACCCGCAAGCGGCGUCUCCUGCGGCCGGAUGACUUGCGGCACUUGGUGGUGGAUGACACACAUGGGCUGCUCUACUGCUACGUGCCCAAAGUGGCCUGCACUAACUGGAAGCGGGUGAUGAUGGUCCUGACGGGGCAAGGCAAGUACCAGGACCCACUGGAAAUCCCCGCCAAUGAGGCCCACGUCUCAUCCAACCUGCGCACCCUCUCUGAGUACAGCAUCCCCGAGAUCAACCACCGCCUGCGCAACUACCUCAAGUUCAUCUUCGUGCGGGAGCCCUUUGAGCGCCUGGUCUCGGCGUACCGCAACAAGUUCACCCGCAGCUACAACACGGCCUUCCACAAGCGCUAUGGGACCAAGAUCAUCCGUCGGCACCGGCAGGAACCCAGUGACAAGGCCCUGGAGCGCGGGGAUGAUGUGCGCUUUGAGGAGUUCGUCUACUACCUGCUGGAUCCACGGACGCAGCGGGAGGAGCCCUUCAACGAGCACUGGGAGAGGGUGCACUCGCUCUGCCACCCCUGCAUCGUCCACUACGACGUGGUGGGCAAGUACGAAACCUUGGUGGAAGAUGCCAACUACAUCCUUCAGCUGGUUGGGGCUGACACAAGUGUCAAGUUCCCAUCUUCAUCCAAGACCACCAGGACAACGGAUGACAUGACAGCCCAGUUCUUCCAGGACAUUAGCCCUUUCUACCAAAGGAGACUCUUUAAUUUAUACAAAAUGGACUACUUGCUCUUCAAUUACUCCAUCCCCUCAUACCUCCGCAUCCGAUGAGGCAGGGGCUGGGGGGAGAGGUGAGGGAGAGGUGCGGGAGAGCUGGGUAACUCUCGCCACAAUUCCUCUCCUCCCACCCUGUGCUCAUCUUUUGGUUGACUUCUCCCCCGUGCCCUCUCCGUUAUGGUCUGCUCCACAUCCUGAUGCCUUGUUCAUGCAUGGUCUGGAGGGAAGACACCUCUCAAAACACUGGGGCUGGAGCUUUUCCUUCCCUUUCCCUCCCACCCUUUACCAUCUACAGGGGAUGCUGGUGGGACCAGACACUGCUGGGUAGGAGGGCUUGCCUUGGCUGGGGACUUUAUUUUAACUAAGAGACUCCUCUGUAGAUCCAAGUCUUGGGAAGGCUCCUUUUUUGGGCAGGAUCCCUUCAGGUCUUUCUCCUCCUUACUGGGCUGUUUGGGGGCAGACAUGAUGUCUCGGGGGGCAGGGUGGAAUGUGUCAGAGACUUGCAUAGAACCAGAAAUAAAGCAAUAAUU